AUGAGAGCCUUAAACUUCCUACGGGCCUGGUUUGCCCAGAACACCUUGCUCAAAGCGACCAUCUUUGGACUACUUUUUCAGCUCUGCUUUGCCCAUUCAUUUAGCGGGGGUGUACCUCCGGACAAUUUAUCCCCACGGGCCCAUUUUGUCAAUGGCCCAAUGAAGUUCGAUAGCUCCCUGGGAGAAGAGGCUGCGCAACAUGUGAUAUGGUCGGAACAUGGAAAUACACAACGAGCCACUAUCCAGGCAUAUGUGAGCCGAGGAUUUCUACAGGCACAGAAUACAAUGCAAAAUCCCACCCCGGAAGACGUUUGCUAUACUCUCUCGAACUUGAAGCUUAUCGGCGAUAAAUUCAGUACAACGAGGGUUGAUUUUGCACGACACUCGUACACCCAAGUACGGGUCAGUAUAGAUCUUCCAACAAAACGCAGUGACGGCGAAGUACAGGCGGCAGUGAUUAUGAAGGCUAACAGCCUGCUGGUUGAUAUGCAAAAUCAGCAAACUCAAUGGGGUCAAGAUUCUCGAAGGCCUAAAGCGAAUUUUGAGAAGAAUGGGCUUUAUGUUCAAGUUAUCAAGCACUAUGGCAGUUAG